AUGAACUCUUGGGAAGCUGAAUUUACAGCUGCGCUCGAAGCCAAAAAUGAGAGCGGAGUAAUUGACAUGCUAAAAUCCGGGUUUCCUCCUAAUUACAUGAUUCGCUUGAGAGACACAAACGGUAAUUACCUUCCUGAACACACAUAUCCGCUCACAAUUGCAAUCGAACUAGAGUUGGUAGAAGUGAUUCGCUGACUGCUAAUAGCUGGCGUCCAAUCCAACGUUGUGGACUCUUACGGAAGGUCUCCUAUUCUAGUUGCAUCUGCAGUUGGGAAUCAAGAAAUUAUUCAACUCCUAGUAGCUCACAGGUCAAAUCUUGCAGCUAGAGACUAUUAUGGUAACACUAUUUUACAUAUAGCAGCUGCAAACGCUCACAUUCAUUUAGUUAAGUACUUUAUUGAGGAGUUGAGAGUUCAUUAUUCUUUGCGCAAUAAAAAAGGUCAAACUGCUUUAGAUUUAUGCAAAGAAAAGCAAGAGCAAAGCAAAAGCUUAGAGGAAAUUGAAUUUUUGCAGUCUGUGAUUGAGUAUUUAUGGAAAGUGCAGGAAAAUUAUAAAAAGAAGCAAAGACACAGAAUUCAAAAAAAUGCUAUGAGCCCUGACCCUAUCAAAAAUCAGCGCGAAUGCAGAAAUAAGCAGCAUGGAAUAAGCCUGGAGCAUGCAACAUCCAUUCCAAUUGUCCCCACAGAUUCGAAGCUUGAAAUAUUAGUUUCUCCUUACAAACAGAAACGAUCUAUAGAAACUUACUUAAAAGCAAAACAAAAUUUUAUAUAUAAAUCUCUUACAGCGAAGAAGAAAACAGAAAAUGAGCAAUUUAAUCUCUCACGAUAUCGCUCUCCAGCGCUAACAGAACCGAAGAAUUCGUCACCAACCCGAUUUCCUCCCAUUUACAAGACCUCUUAUCACUGUUAA